CCAUCGGCCACGCUAACUGAAAGAAAGCAUCAUUUGCUAAACCACUAAACAACGAUUCAAGACAUUUGAUCCAAACCCAUAAUACAAAGGGGCAAUCUUUAGAGAAGAAUGAGAAGGAGGCCUGGAAUUGGCGGGUUACAAACAGCUGCUGCUGCUCGGGACCAAUAUCGAUUAUUAGGAGAAAAUGUAGCGAAGUUAAGAACUGAUCUUAUGAAAGAACAGCUCGCCACUUUUCGCUCCCAGCUAGAAGAAUUUGCCCGCAAACACAAGAAUGAUAUUCGCAAGAACCCAACUUUCAGGGCGCAAUUCCACGAGAUGUGUGCUAAAGUGGGAGUGGAUCCACUGGCCUCAAAUAAGGGUUUUUGGGCAGAGCUGUUAGGGAUUGGUGACUUCUAUUACGAACUUGGCGUGCAAAUCGUUGAGAUAUGCUUGGCAACAAGAUCUCACAAUGGAGGUUUGAUCAACCUUCAGGAACUCUGCAUGCUACUUCGUCAGAAACGAAAAACUGAUCGUGAAGCUGUUUCCGAAGAUGACUGCUUGCGUGCUAUAAGUAAGCUUAAGAUACUAGGGAGCGGUUUUGAGGUGAUAUCUGUUGGAAAAAGAAAGCUUGUUCGAUCUGUUCCAACUGAAUUGAACAAAGACCAUAAUGAAAUUUUGGAGCUGGCUCAGGCUCAAGGCUAUGUCACUGUUGAUGAGGUAGAGGGGCGACUUUCUUGGACAUCUGGUCGUGCUACUGAUGCCCUUGAUACAUUAUUAGAUGAAGGUCUUGCUAUGAUUGAUGAUGGCCACAAGGAUGGCAAGCGCCGCUAUUGGUUCCCCUGUGUGUCUUCCAUAUCCUCUUCAGUAGGAGCUGAUAUUUAACAUGGUUGUCGAGGAAGUUUUAUUGUAAUGUCCGUGAUCUUGGUCUAGUUUUCUUCCUUGGAAAUGCAACUUGCACAGGUCCGGUCACCAAAUUGAUCAAUGUGGUGCAAAAAAAUUAUUCACUGUGUGCUGCUUGUGAAUGUGAGACUUGUAAAUUAAACUGAAUCGGAAAGUGACUUCAAUCAUGGAUAUUAAACAGAUAAAAUGAGCAAAUUAUUUCAUGUUUUUUAUA